GUGCGCACGCAUUUCGUGCUGUGGUUGUGGUGCGACUGUGUGUUGAGGGGUUCGGCUUAUCCAACCCGACGGUGAUUUGCAGCUGGUCUCACUCGGUGCGACUAGUUGAGAUACCCUAUGUCAAUGGUAGAUCUAAGAGGAAAGGGCUAUGAAGGGCUGGUAUAACAUUCUCUUCAGCAACUCCCUUUGCCUUUCCAGGACUAUCACUGGUGGAUUCCUAUCCUGACUUGACAAACACCUGGGAAAGUUGGUUUAGCUGAAAUACCUCUGGGUCUCGCUGUUGUUCCCUCUUUUCCCAUCGCUCGACAAUUCCCUUUGCUACACGACAACUCUGUCCCAUCGUACUCGCCCAGUUGUGAUCGAUCACCAAGUGCUUCAACAUGGAUAUCGGCUUCGAGGAACAUGGUCUGCAGACCGUGCUCAAGCAGGGCCUUUCGGAUUCAACUUCACGCGACGAUGUCGCAUUGACUCGUCUCGGAAAGAAGCCCGUAUUGAAGAGGAACUUUGGCUUCAUGACAAUUCUUGGGUUCAGCUGCACCGUCCUCAUCACUUGGGAAGGGUCGUUGACCACGUUUCUUUCAGGACUGCAGAAUGGGGGACCAUCUGGAAUUCUCUACGGAUUUCUCGUCGUCUGGGUCGGCACCCUCUCGGUAUUCACAACACUAUCCGAGCUAGUCUCAAUGGCUCCGACAUCGGGAGGACAGUAUCAUUGGGUCUCGAUGUUGGCGCCCUCUUCAUCACGGAAGUUCCUUGGAUACCUAACUGGCUGGCUUGCCAUUACAGGGUGGCAGGCGCUCGUAGCUUCUGGUGCUUUCGUCACUGGAACCAUGAUUCAAGGUCUUGUUCUGCUUACACAUCCCGAGUAUGCUGCUGUCAUGAAGAACUGGCACGGCACGCUUCUAUUCUGGGGAGUUGUACUGGUUAGUUAUGGCAUCAACACUGCAGUGGGAUCCCUCCUGGCGAAAUUCGAAGGCCUCGUGCUGGUUUUACACAUCCUCGGCUUCUUCGCUGUCAUACUCCCCUUAACGUUGCUCAGCCCCCACGGAUCAGCUAAAGAUGUCUUCGAUACUUGGGUCAACUCCGGACUAUGGCAAACGCAAGGCCUAUCAUUCAGCAUUGGAAUAAUAGGAAACGUUUUUGCCUUUCUUGGUGGAGACGGUGCUAUACAUAUGUCGGAAGAAAUUCGCAACGCCGCUGUAGUGGUCCCGCGAUCCUUGAUGACAGGUCUUGCUGUCAAUGGGACACUGGGCUUCGCUAUGAUGGUUGCGACACUAUAUUCUCUUGGGGACAUCAAGGUGGCGUUAGCUGAGAACCCGCAAUAUCCAUUCAUGUCUGUUUUCCACCACGCUGUUGGAUCGACUGCCGGGGCGACUGUUAUGUCGUCUCUCGUCGUAAUCAUGUCCUUCAGCGCCACUACCGGUUGCCUUGCAUCUACGUCUCGAAUAUAUUGGGCUUUUGCUCGCGAUCGUGGAGUGCCAGGCUGGAAAGUUCUGAAAAAGAUUAGCCCACGAACCAGCAUCCCCGAUAAUGCUGUACUAGUAACAGUUGUCAUUGCCAUCAUUCUCUCUCUUGUCAACAUUGGUGAUUCGGUAGCCUUCAAUGGCGUUAUAUCCAUGUCAAUAGCCGGUCUAUUUGGCUCGUAUCUCAUCGCCGCAUCUCUGCUCCUAUACCGCAGAGUAACAGGGGCUAUAGGCACCCGACACGACGACGAUACUCUCACAAACACAAUCGGUGGCAGCUUAACGUGGGGGCCCUGGAGAGUACACGGCAUACUUGGAAUUGCCAACAAUGCAUUCUCUUGUGCUUAUCUCUUCUACAUCUUUAUCUUCAGCUUCUGGCCCCCUGCUCGGGAUGUCACACCCCAAAAUUUCAAUUGGGCUGUGCUGGGUUUCGGGGUGGUUGUUUCGUUCAGUAUGCUGUAUUACGUAGCAUGGGCGAGGAAAACAUACACGGGGCCAGUUAUCGAGAGUGGUCGCUGAGAAGCCCCUCGUACGUUACCGAGAAGCUGUCUCGUAUAGAGUGUACUUUGCUGACGCCGGUGGCCGAUAAACUGUAUAUAAGGCUG